AUGAAAAUACGCCGGAGAAUACGCCCUCACGAACUCUACUGGGAUGCUUGGUUUCACCAAAAUGGACCGAUUGGAACGAAUGCUCCGACAAUUGUGGUGGAUGUGGACAAAGAAAGCGAUUUCGGAUUUGCGCAAGCGAUGUCUUAUGUCCAGAGAUUUCACAAAUUUUAUUUAAGGCCAAAGGAACAAGAAGAGGCAUGCGAAUUUACUCCUUGCAAGCAUCCUAGAGCUAUGUGUUGUGGAAAAUUGUCUUUGACGGGAGACAACGGAAAAUUUAUCUGUCAAUGA